GCACCUGAAGUUGGCAUUAGACACAACAAAAUGAAUGUUGGAAAUAAAAUACAAAUUAAUGUAAUUGUUAGUGAAAUAAAUAAAGCUAAAAUUGGAGCUGAAGAAAUAAUAAUUCAGGAAG